AUGCUACUUUCCUCUUCAAAAGAUGGUGAAAACUGCACAGUUGUUUGUUACUGUGUUGAAAACCCAGUUUCUGACCAUGCCGCCUCAUCCAUGAUGUCGAACCGAAUCGGAAGUCCAGUUGAUCUGUUCCUCUCUUCCAUUGAUACGUCCAACCCGACCCAACACUCGGAAAAUCUCUCAUUAGGGGCUGCUGCAGAAGAUACAGCAGCAGCAAAUUCAACUGCAAUUUCUAAAACUACUCUUCAGAAUGCCUCCCUCAUCGAGUCGGCAACAUUUCGGAGAAUCCUCCCUGAAAGUCUUAGUACAUCUGUUGACCCUUCUGUUGUUACUGAGAUCAUUCCCGAGCCUUUGUGGAAUUCGUUGGACACGGAGAUUAUUCAGAAAAAAUCUAUUGAGGGAGAGCCUGGUAUGGCCGGGUCUCCAAGUGAUAACCUGGUUGAUGCCCCUACUGCAAUGAAUACAGAAGAUAAUGGAGUGACGAUUUCUGAGACCCUGAGGAAUUUCACCGACAAAUCUGUCAUCACCGAGAUCAUCCCCAGCUCAUCAAGCAGCCAUUCCAUCAAUUCUUCUGUGCUUGUCGACAUGAUUCCUCGCUCCAUAUGCAAUUCUCCCGAAGCUCCUGUUGGUAAAGAAAUUAUCCCAGGGGCACUCUCGCAUUUCAUUGAUAAGCGGGUCCUCACUCAGACUAUCCCACCCAACUCUAUGGAAAUGGGAUCGGAAUUUAGCUGCGAUCUGGAUGAUGAGAGUAAUGAGGCUCUGGGUAAUGCUGGGGACGAUAUGCGGUUGUCUGAAAAAAGUUCGUCUUUUAUUUCAACAGGACAUUUUCAGUUUUCUGCGAAUUUGUUGCCCUCUGCGUCUGUGGCUGCCAUUCUGAAAGAGAGAGGCCGACCACCCACUUUCAAGACUAAAAAAUUGGUCAAUGUGCCUUCAAUUUCACAGCGUUACAUGAUAAAACGCUGCUCUCCUAAACAUAUCAUUUCUAGGACGCAGAAGUUAAAAAAUACAGCUAAAGUGAUUGAGAAGGCAAAGAAAAAAGAAAAACAUUCCAAGGGAGGUUUGAAAUCUCCAGUAGCAAGUAGGUCAAAAUAUAACCAGUAUAAAUUUUCAGGUAAAGGAAAACAAGUUCAGUCAUUCUUAAAACAGAGUCAGAAUUCAUCUUCCCCUUCGAAAAUGAUAAUUAAAAAUGAGCUCAAAGGAAAGGGUGGAGUCAAAACUGUACAGAAGAGAGGGAGACCUUCAAAAAAUGCAUGGACUGAUCAGUCUCCUGGUAAUAGUGGCAGACCAAAAAGAGGUAUUGUCAUUUCUGAAGAUUCUGAGGACUGCGAGUCUAUUCCUGAACAGGUUGUCGAGAGGCAGUUACGUAAAAGAGGCCGACCUCCAAAAGCAUCAACAAAUUCCUUAUCAAAAGCUGUAAGCCGAGAAGAAGGUGAUGUUGGCUCAGAGUCUGUGGAUGUGGUAAUCACAAUUUCGGAAUCAGUCAAAAGGAACAAAGCAAAGAAGUUGGGCUUAGACCAUGAUUCUAAACAGAAUGAACUGGAACAUUCUGAGAGACUCAGAGAGGAAUCAGCAUCUCCAGAAAUACCUGACAAAACCUGUCUUGUGUGUGGGAAUGAAGCCCAUGGUAUACAUUAUGGGAUUCUUGCCUGUAGUACGUGUCGGAUGUUUUUCUACCAAAGUCUCGAUUCAAAGUUACUGAAGACUUAUAAAUGUGAGAAACGAAAGUGUGUUAUCAACCUGAACACCCGACGUUCCUGUCGCUACUGCUGGUAUCAGAAGUGCCUGAACGCAGGGAUGAUAAAGGGAUCUCGGAAAAGGGGACGCCCUCCAAAGAAAAACCAUUCCCAAACAACCAAACACAGUACAGGUGAAAAAGUGGAGCACCAACAAGAACUUGAAAAGAGUGUCAGCACUGAUUCUCAAACCCAGAUCGAGGAAGCGGAGAAAAGUGUAGCUGCUGAAAAUAGCAAUAAACAAGAGCAGGUCGUGUAUGAUGAAGAUAAUAGCCUUAGCAACAGCUUUCUUUGCAUCGAUGAAGAUGAUGGUGGUCAAGGAGAUCCUGCAACUGAGCAAAAGGAGCAGGCUUCACAGUGCUCCAUUAGAAACUCCCCAAGUCACAUUUCGCACAGUUCAAAUGAAGACGAAGACAUUGUGUGCAUUGAUUUGGAUGGUGAAGCUGACAAAACUGAUGCUCAGAACAACAAAAGCUGUACCGAUUUGGAAGUUUCAAAUACAGAUCUGAUUGUCUCUGAUAAGGAUCCCCCAAGGACAAUGGAUAGUGAGCAGAGAAAGUACAAUGAAAGUGACAGGGAUAUCCUGACAGAAGAUUCCCAGUUUAGGGAACUUGAUGGCGAGACCGUGUGUGUUUGUAAAGUUUGUGGGGAUGUUGCUUCUGGCAUCCACUUUGGUGUGGAGACCUGCCGUUCGUGCACCAUCUUCUUCAAGCAGAGCACGGAUGUACGCACAGCCAAAAAGUACAAGUGUCAAAAUAAAAACUGCUCAGUAACGAGGGACAACUAUGAACGCUGCUCCUACUGCUGGUUCCAGAAGUGUCUUCUGGUUGGCAUGUCCAAGAUGUCCAUUUCCGAUAACCUUGGCACGAGUCAGAAGCUGACGGGUGUGUUUUUUGAAAACUAUACCUCCAGUACUGGCAAGCCUCAGUCUGCAGAAGUUGAUAAUAAGUAUUUGGAUGCGAACUGCACAGCUGGAAAUGAUGCUUCUCAAGAAAUAGUGGAAGAUGAGUCUGUAGUUAAAACAGUGGCAGCUCAGGUGCCUGCUGCAGAUUUGGAGCAGAGAAAGUCAGCCAACCAGGAAACUAGCAGAACUUUGGAUUCUCUAUCCAAGAACAACAAAAUCAGUGUUGAGGUUUCCCCACAAUAUUUCUCACCAGAAUCUUCAAAUGUCAUCAAGGAAACUGUUAUUGUAGAUUCCAACGAAUUACCAAUGACAGCAACCAUGGUGACAGACACAGAUACGGCCAAUUCCUUGUUUGUGCCAAAAGCACUCUGCAGAGUGUGUGAUGACAUUGCUUGCGGUUUAAAGUUUGGGGUUCAGACCUGUCGCAAAUGUUGGUAUUUCUUCCGCACAGUUCUGGACAGUGCGGCGCCAACCGAACUAGAGCACUCUAAAGGUAAUUGUAACAUCUCUAAGAAUAACUUGAAUUGGUGCCGGUAUUGUUGGUAUCAGAAGUGUCUUUCUGUAGGCAUGAGCAGCGCGUUGCAUAACAAACAGCAAAAUUCAACGUUGAAUGUAUCAAAUGGAAUCGCCUGUUCAACUGCUGCAAACAGUCUUUCGUCUUCUGUGAGUGAAUCCGGUGCAGGCACAGGGAUAUCUGAGAAAUCUUCAAGCCAAUCUGGAAACAGCAGUACUGCUCGGUCGGGCUCCAUCCAGAUUUACAAGAACAUUUCCUUAGCUUCCAGUGUGCAGGCUUCAACAGCUGCAUCACCUACAACAUCAAAAUCUACUGUCGGGGCUAAACCAAAACCUAGCCGGUCAGCUAUCAAAGAAGUCAAUUCUGUCUGUCUUUCCCAGGCGGCUGCUUCACCCGAUACCCCAAAGAAGGAUGCUGCCAAGCCAUGCAAAGUGUGUGGAGAUGUUUCAUUCGUGUCUCACUAUGGCAUUACGUCUUGUCUGAACUGUAGUGUGUUCUUCCGCCGAAGUGUUGAUAAAGGGUUGCACCGAAACUACAAAUGCCUGAACAAGGAUUGUCUGGUCAACCGUUUAAACCGUAGCAAUUGUUAUUACUGCUGGUUCCAGAAGUGUGUUGGCGUAGGCAUGUCAUACAAACCGAAGCGCAAGAACCGCCAUCAAAAAGAGAAAUCGGCCGACCAAACCUCAAGGACGCCUGAAAAAGAACAUCUCUACAAGAACAGAUGUGAAGAAAGUUCCAGAGGCAGCAACAGUGCCAACAAAAGUAUUGAGCAAUUGACUCCUGAUAGUAUUUCACCAGCUAAAUCUGUUGGCAGUUCUUCCAAUUCAAGCAGCAUAAUACAGUCACGGACACGAUGCAGCAGCAACAUUUUAUGUAAGGUGUGUGGGGACGAGGCAUCAACUGUCCACGCUGGUGUCCUCACUUGCCAUCCUUGCCGCUCAUUCUUCAAGCGCAGCAUGAGGAGCAGUAUCAGUCGCAAAUACUCAUGUGAUGAGAAAAACUGCUCAAUCACCAAAAACAACCGAAAGAGCUGCGACUAUUGUCGCUAUCAAAAGUGCCUGACUCUGGGCAUGGCCAAGAAUGCUAUGAAGUCGACCAGCCAACCUCUAAAGGACAAAACAGCAAGUCAAAAGUCUCUUGGCACGACGGAGAACAACAUUCCAGCAGAUUCUUUAGAUAAGACUCAUUGCAAAGUUUGUGGUGUUAGUGCCUCAGGAGUCCAUUAUGGGGUGCUAACUUGUAGCAACUGCCGUGUCUUCUUUUACAAGAGUUAUGUCUCGUGCGAGAUCUAUUGUGGCCUGUGGGUAUGUCACAGCUGUUGCAAAUUCUUCAAAUACAGUAUGGAAGAUGACCGUUAUGACAAGUACAAAUGCAAAUAUGGCAACCGGUGUGUGAUCAACAAGAAUAGCAGGGACACCUGCCACAGUUGCCGCUUCAAGAAGUGCCUCAUUGUUGGAAUGGUUAAGGAACAGAAUGACCGGGAAAAUGGGAAGCGUAGAGAAAUUAUACGAACGGAAAAGACGAUAUUGAUGUGCAACCCUCGGCAGUUUCCCUGCAAGGUGUGCGGCGACCUUGCCUCAGGCAUCCACUAUGGCCACUUUAUCUGUGAGGGUUGUAAAGGCUUUUUUCGACGCAGCAUUCGUAAAAAGAUGAACUAUUUGUGCAUUGGCAAGAAUUGUAUCAUUAACAAAUUCACACGUACACGCUGUGCUUAUUGCCGCCUGCAGAAGUGUCUCAUGUUGGGUAUGUCAAAGGAGGCCUGCAAGAAAGGUCGGCGCCCCAAGGCAAAGCAGUUGAAACUGAUGAGCCAACCACGGGAAGAAUGCAGGAUUUAUGAGGAAUACAGGAAACCUGCGUUAAUGGUUAGUAAUUGGGUCAACUCGGUCAAUUCCCAAGAUCCAGCUGAAGAACCAGAAGAUGGAGAGGUUCCUGAAAUAGUGUACUUGGAUUACAAUGCCACAACACCUCAUGCCCCUCAAGUGCUUGACAUCAUCAGUCAGACUUUAAAAAACAAAUGGUUUAAUCCGAGCAGCUCAUAUGAUUCAACUCACGGUGCUAAAGACACAAUUGAAGAUUCUCGAGAGCAGGUUGCCGAAAUGAUUGGUGCUUCUGUCAGUGAAAUUGUUUUCACAUCUGGUGGAACCGAAAGCAACAACAUGAUUCUUCAGACUGCCAUAAAGUAUUUUCAUGAAAAAUGUCUGUCAAAUAUUUCUCCCUCAAACAAGAAUGUUUUGCCACAUUUUGUCACUUCGAACCUUGAGCAUGAUUCUGUCAAGCUGGUGCUCAAGAAGUUUGUUGAAGAGAAAAAAGCAGAGGUCAGCUUCGUGCCUGCCUCACUGAAGACUGGUUCUAUACAAGUGGAAGAUAUCAUCAAGAAUAUUCGUCCCAACACCGUCAUGGUGACCAUUAUGGCAGCCAAUAAUAUCACUGGCAUCAUUCAGCCAAUUGCAAAGAUUUGUAAGCAGGUACGAGCACUGAAGAGAAAACCAGGAGAGACUAAACAAAUUUUGAUUCACACAGAUGCUGCCCAAAUUCUGGGUAAAAUGGAUGUUGAUAUUAACGACAUGCAUGUCGAUUACCUAACAAUUGUGGGUCACAAGUUCUAUGGUCCUCGUAUUGGAGCAGUGUUUGCUCGCAAUCCCCGAUCUCUAAUUCCUCUCUAUCCUCUGUUACAAGGCGGUCCUCAAGAACACAAUUUCAGGCCAGGAACUGAAAAUACUGGAAUGAUUGCUGGUCUUGGAAUGGCCUGUGCCCUUGUCAAGCAGAAUGUGACUGAGUAUAAUCAGCAUAUGGAAAACAUCCGAGAUUACCUGGAAGAAAAGUUGGUGAAUUCCCGGGUGACGAUCCGGGAUUUGCAAAGAAUCCCCCUUGACGAUCCGGGAUUUUGCAAAGAAUCCCCGUGUGACGAUCCGGGAUUUGCAAAGAAUCCCCCCGUGACGAUCCGGGAUUUGCAAAGAAUCCCCCCUCCCGGGUUGACGAUCCGGUUUGCAAAGAAUCCCCCCGUGAGGAUCCGGGAUUUGCAAAGAAUCCCCCCCGGGGGUGACAAUCCGGGAUUUGCAAAGAAUUCCCCCCCGGGAAGACAAAUUUUGGCCCAUGUGAAACGGAUUCGAGCAAGUGUUGGUGCUGCUUGUCAUUCAAGCUCAGAAUACAGUGUGCCAGAAAUAUUGUUAGCAUCAGGCAUUCCUGAAGACAUUGCCAGGAGUUCAAUUCGGUUGUCUGUGGGUCGGGAGACAACGCGCAAAGACAUUGAUGAUGCUGUGGAGGACUUAAAAGAGGCAGUUGCAGUGGCAAAAUCAAAGAAAACUGAUUGA